AUGUCCUUCCUGAACGAGCAUCGGACUCGAUACCUGCCGCAGACGCUCUACCACGGCACGGGCGACUCCAAGUGCCGUCCCUCCGUCCUGCUCGAGCGCAUGGUCGACGCGCAGGGGCUCGGGAAGAAGAGCGGGCGCGGGUUCUACGAGUAUAACGACAACUAG